AUGCUUACUCAACCGGCCAACGUCAUCCUUUUCAUGGUCGCCUUCCUCUUUUCAACGACUGCACUACCCGGUCGCAGCUACAAACCUUCCCGAUUUCGGCCCUAUAACGAGCCGUUCGUGGUCCAUUCCGUCUCCAAAUUCCAAGACGAGUAUGCUGAUCGUCUGGUCCUCGUCCUCCAAGCCUACUUCCAUCAGCAAUAUGCAAAAAUCAAGCUGCUUGACCGAGAUCCGAUCAGCCUACAAGAUUUGAAACAGGACCUUCGAGGCGAUCGUAACCCAAAACGCUUCAUCCACUUAGGCCAAGUGGUCCCACACAGAGCUAAUAUGGUGGUUGCAACGUAUCUGAACCGUCCACCCAACUCGGACGGUUCUCGGAAAUUCGUACUCUUGUCAAUUCUUCGACCUCAAUCUUCUGAUGCCCCACACGUCUUCAUACACGGUUAUGCCGAUGUAGCGGGUCUCGAAGACAUUGAAGAUCAACUUCGGAACACCGUGAACUCUGCCUCGGAUGAUCCGCAGUUCGGACAUGUUCUCUCGAUCGAAGGGGUUUUUGAGACGUUGUCACGAAUGUAA